GUAGGAGCGGUGCGUCGGUGUAACCGGUCCUCCCUCCUUUUCUCCCCCCACCCGCCCGUUCGUGACGUCGUUAACGGUCGCGGCGAUGGCAGGGACAGCGUUGAAACGGCUGAUGGCCGAGUACAAGCAGUUGACACUAAAUCCUCCAGAAGGAAUUGUUGCAGGUCCUAUCAAUGAGGAGAACUUCUUCGAAUGGGAGGCUUUAAUCAUGGGCCCUGAAGACACCUGUUUUGAAGGCGGAGUGUUUCCAGCCAUCCUGAGUUUUCCGCACGAUUACCCACUGAAUCCGCCAAAAAUGCGUUUCACGGGAGAGAUGUUUCACCCAAAUGUUUACCCAGAUGGGAGGGUUUGCAUCUCGAUUCUUCAUGCACCCGGCGAUGACCCUAUGGGCUACGAGAGCAGUGCAGAACGAUGGAGUCCUGUUCAAAGCGUUGAGAAGAUUCUGCUUUCAGUUGUGAGCAUGUUGGCAGAGCCUAAUGAUGAAAGUGGAGCCAACGUGGAUGCCUCAAAAAUGUGGCGAGAUGAUCGGGGACAGUUUUACAAAAUUGCCCAGCAAACAGUGCGGAAAUCUCUUGGACUGUGAGCAGAGAGCCCUGCAAUUGUCCAGGAUUGCCUGCAAUAUUUAAUGGUUCUUUGCACAUUGCUGUUUGUCUCCUGCUUUUCAUGUCCAAGGGUAAAGUUAGUAUUGCCCAAUUUUUUUUCCAGUUGUCUCAGGACUGUCCACUUAAUGGUCUCCUUUAAAACAUAAGCGGACUGAAGCGUGGCUUUCAUGGCUGUUACUAUUUUCCAUUUCAGACACAAAAAAGUGGUUGAACUUACUUGGAUGAAAUAGCUGAAGGGAUAAAAUAACCUUCCCACAAGAGGGUCCAACUGUU